CACACAAUCUACUUGGGUAUCCGGAGUCGGCGGAGCGGAGAGAAUGACCGGUGGAGGUUCUAUUGGAAGAUGGUGUAUGAGUAUGCAGAUGUGAGCAUGCUGCAUUUGCUAGCCACCUUCCUGGAAAGUGCACCACAGCUGGUCCUGCAACUCUGCAUUGUCGUACAGACUCGGACGCUCCAGGCUCUCCAAGGUCUAACUGCUGCUGCAUCUCUUGUGUCCCUGGCUUGGGCUUUGGCUUCCUACCAAAAAGCCCUCCGCGACUCCCGCGAUGACAAGAAGCCCAUCAGUUACAUGGCUGUUAUCAUCCAGUUUUGCUGGCAUUUCUUCACCAUUGCGGCGAGGGUCAUUACUUUUGCUCUGUUUGCCUCGGUUUUCCAGCUGUACUUUGGGAUCUUCAUCGUGUUGCACUGGUGCAUCAUGACCUUCUGGAUCGUCCACUGCGAGACGGAGUUUUGCAUCACUAAAUGGGAGGAGAUCGUCUUCGACAUGGUGGUUGGGAUAAUCUACAUCUUCAGCUGGUUCAAUGUCAAGGAAGGCAGGACACGCUGCAGGCUUUUCAUUUACUAUUUUGUGAUCCUUUUAGAAAACACAGCCUUGAGUGCUCUCUGGUACCUGUACAAGGCCCCCCCGAUCUCCGACGCGUUCGCCAUACCAGCACUGUGUGUAGUGUUCAGCAGCUUUUUAACGGGCAUUGUUUUUAUGCUGAUGUACUAUGCCUUCUUCCACCCCAACGGACCAAGGUUUGGGCAGUCGCCAAGCUGUGCUUGUGAGGACCCUGCCGCCGCCUUCACCCUCCCCCCGGAGGUGGCCACAAACACUCUGAGGUCCAUCUCCAACAACCGGAGCGUGACGAGCGAGCGGGAUCAGAAAUUCGCGGAGAGGGAUGGGUGCGUGCCGGUGUUCCAGGUGAGACCCACGGCACCGUCCACGCCUUCCUCCCGCCCGCCAAGGAUUGAGGAGUCUGUCAUUAAAAUCGAUCUGUUCAGGAACAGGUACCCAGCCUGGGAGAGGCACGUGUUGGACAGGAGCCUGAGGAAGGCCAUCUUAGCGUUUGAAUGUUCCCCUGCUCCUCCGCGGCUACAGUAUAAAGACGAUGCCCUGAUCCAGGAGCGCUUGGAGUACGAAACCACCUUGUAAACAAAAACCAAACCGCAGCUUGAAGAAGCUCCGAGCUUACAGUCCACGUUAAGGGGCUGUAGGCGUAACUAAACUGUGUACUACCAGUAGAGCAGCAAGCUGUAGUGUUCUUAGUCUGGCUACCAUCAUGAUUAUCAUUUGAUCCACUGUGUGCAGUCUGUCUGCAGGACACUGAUACAGCAGCAGCACCUGAAAGCCUCCGAACCCCCCCAAACCCUGACCCACACAGUUUCUUCAGCUGGGGAAACUCACCCACGACUCCUUGCUGCUAUGAAACUCCGACUGCACAGUCCCUAAAAUCAGAGCUAUAGGGAGGCUCUGAGCAGAGCUUUCAACUUUAGCCAGUAGUGCAUUUUAUUUUAGAAAUGAAUGAUUGAUAUUUCCAUAAGCAAUGGCAAAAAAAAAAAACCCACAAACCCCACACAAAACCAACCCAAACAAACACAAAAAGACAUCCCCCCACACCUUUUCAAAAACAACAAAACUGUUGCUUGUUGUGAAAACUGUUUUCUGAGGUCAAAAAAGGAGCAUUGGUCAUCUUCAACACUCCCAUAAAUCAACCAGUCAGACUAGACUGAGGGUUGCAAAAAUAGGUCUUCAUUCAAGCACUACAUUGUCAUGUUUGUAAGGCUGUCAAUGGCAAAGGAACUAAAAUCUGAUUCAUUAAGGUGAUGAACAUUAAUGCUGCCAGAACUGUUUGGGUUUUUGGUUUGUUUGUUGUUUGGCUGUUUUGCUUUGUUU